AUGUCCAAUCAUUUCCACAACAGCAAACCUUCAGAGAAAAUUCGAAUCUUGCAAAAAGAUAGUUCGAAUAAAAGAACAUUUAAGAAUGUUUUCAAACUUUUAAGCAAAAAUGAGGAGAAGUUUCGGUUCGCUGACACCCGUGACAUCAUCAUGAUGGUAAUUGGUUUUAUACUGGCAGCAGUCAAUGGUGCUAUGCACAUUUUAAACAUGGUCCUGUACGGUCAGUUUGUUGGCUCAUUGGUUGAACAAGGAUACUAUGACAACGUCGCUAAGACUAAUUAUAUAAACUUGACCUCCUCACACUCUAACGGGCACAUGUAUGACAACCAAAGCUUCGUCGGUGCUAAUGGGAGCCAUAUUGUAGCUAAUGAUAGUGCCUCUACUCGAGCUCUGUCUGUGUGUGCCUGGGUGUGUGGAGCGACCAAGAAAAUUUUGUUCACGGUCUCAGCCCAGCGCCAAGUGAUCCGACUGAGGAAAUCUUUUUUCUCCAACAUCCUUGUCCAGGAGAUUGCCUGGUUUGAUGACCACAAGACGGGAGACUUGUCUGUUAGGAUGACAGAGGACGUGAACCUAAUAUACAGAGCUAUAGAAACAAAUCUACCCAUGGCCUCACAAUGGUUCUCCUGUAGUAUUGUCAGCAUAAUCAUCACUUUCACCUUCGGUUGGAAGCUGACAUUGGUAGUUUUGUGUGCCUACCCCGUUAUCAUUGGUGGAGCAGCAGCAGCCAACUGGAGUAUCGGUAAAACCACCAUGAAGGAAAGAGAGGCUUACGCAAGGGCUGGGGCUGUGGCUGAACAAGCCAUCUCCAACAUAAGGACAGUCGUGGCUUUUGGUGGGGAGGAAAAAGAGGCCAAGAGAUAUUAUGAAAACCUAAAACAUGCCCGAAAAUUCGGAGUAGAAAGAGGAAUAGCUAACGGUUUAGGACAAGGAAUGCUAUGGUGCAGUAUAUUUUUUGGCUAUGCGCUGGGCUUCUAUUACGGCGGUCAGCUGAUCAGAAGCGGCGAGUACACAGUCAGCUCUACAGUUGUGGUGUUCUUCUCCACCUUCAUCAGUGCUGUGUAUUUAGGUUAUGCUAUACCAGCAACAAACGGCAUUUACGUUGCAAUGGCUGCGGCAGUCAAGAUUUAUCGAGUUAUUGAUAAGAAAUCGUUGUGUGACAGCAGCUCAGCAGAAGGUGAAAUGCCGACACAAGUAAAUGGAGAAAUUCUUUUCCAAAAUAUCUUUUUCUCAUACCCAUCAAGACCCGCUGUACAGGUGUUGCGUGGCAUUGACCUCCAUGCACUUAAAGGUCAAACAGUUGCUUUGGUUGGGGCUAGUGGCUCAGGAAAGUCUACAAUCAUACAGCUCUUGCUGAGGUUUUACAACCCGACAAUUGGCAAGAUAUUAAUAGACGGCCAUGACAUUGAGAGCUUAAAUCUCCGAUGGAUACGUCAGCACAUUGGUCUAGUCAGCCAAGAACCGGUACUCUUUGCUACGACAAUCGCCGAAAAUAUCCGGUACGGUCUGAGGGAUGUUAGUAUGGAAAAAAUAAUAGAAGUCAGCAAACAGGCCAACGCAUACGACUUUAUUAUGGCACUUCCACAACAAUUCGAGACGUAUGUAGGCGAACAUGGCGCCCAACUAAGUGGAGGACAGAAACAGAGAAUCGCCAUCGCCCGAGCUCUGGUCAAGGACCCAAAAAUUCUUUUGCUGGACGAGGCGACCUCAGCACUGGACACUGAGAGUGAGGCCAUCGUACAAGAUGCUCUAGAUAAGGUCAGCAAAGGCCGAACAACGAUAAUCGUCGCUCAUCGACUUUCGACCAUUCGUAACGCUGACAAGAUAGUGACGCUGUCCAAAGGUCGAGUGGUGGAGGUGGGCACCCACACGGAGCUGAUGGACAAACGGGCAGUUUACUACAACCUCGUUUCUUCACAGAUCUUGUCUUAUCCCGACAAACGAGAGCAAGAGACUUCUAUCAACACCUUAUGUCUUCUGGUCGUCGGGUUGGCGAUCCUGAACUUGAGCGGGAAAUUUGUACAGGACUGGAUGUUUGCUGUUUCAGGGGAAUCUCUAACAACUCGUUUAAGGGACAUUCUAUUCCGGUCAUCUCUUCGACAGAAAAUGAGUUGGUUUGACGACCCGAGGAACGCUAUUGGUGUGCUGACAACAAGACUAGCAACAGAAGCUUCCAGAGUGCAAGAGACUUUCACCUCCGCCAUGGGUCUGACCAUCAACUCAGUGUCCUUGAUCGUGAUUGCCCUGGGGUUCGCCUUCUACUUCUCCUGGAAGAUGGCGUUGAUUAUAGUGGCAUUCGCACCUAUCGUCAUUUUUAGUGGGUGGGGACAAAUGGUUUUAACCAGUCGCAUCACAGACAAGACCAAGAAAGCUUUGGAAGAGGCUGUGGCGCAUGCCGUCCAAACCCUCUCUAACGUUCGGACUGUGGCCGCCCUGACACUGGAACAGAAAUUCUAUCAGAUGUUCGUCAAUAAGCUGGAGAAGUCGCCACACACGUUUAGUUCAGACGUCAUCGGCAGUGGCGUUCUGUACGGAUUCUUUCUGGCACUGCCGUAUUUCUCCUUCUCUGUGAUGUUUGCGUGUGGGUACCUUCUAGUCCGGACGGGGGAGUUGCCGUUUUAUGAUAUGAUACGAGUUUUUUCGUUUGUGACUGUAUCUGUGGUCACCCUAACACGGAUCGUGGUCCAGAUACCGGACACCACACUCGCCAAGCAGGCGGCCAAGACCAUUUUCGAAGCGGUGGACAGCACUCCUAGCGUGGCGGACAGUCAAGGGGGAUCUGUGAAACUUGACGGGGAUUCGUUUAAAAGUUCCAUUCAGUUUAAUGGUAUACGAUUCCAUUACCCCAUGCGAAAAGAAGUUCAGGUAUUAAAUGGCCUUGACCUAGAAGUUCGUCCCGGACAAACGCUGGCGUUGGUGGGUGGAAGCGGAUGUGGAAAGAGCACCAUAGUGCAACUAAUAGAAAGAUUUUAUGACGCCCAGGAGGGCAGCAUUCUUUUGGAUAAUCACAACAUCCUUGACCUUAACGUUCAAUGGCUGCGUAUGCAAAUCGGCCUGGUGUCACAAGAACCAGUCCUGUUCGACAGAAGUCUGGCUGAGAACAUCGCUUACGGGGACAACACGAGGGACGUGGGCAUGGAGGAGAUCAUAGAGGCAGCUCGGACAGCUAACAUACACACGUUUAUACAGUCUCUGCCCUCAGGCUACGAUACAAAUGUGGGGAAUAAAGGAACACAAUUAAGUGGAGGACAAAAACAAAGGGUGGCAAUCGCGAGAACUCUGCUGAGAAAUCCAAAGAUUCUUCUACUAGACGAGGCCACGUCAGCUUUGGAUACUGAGAGUGAGAAGGUGGUGUUGGAAGCGUUGGACAAGGCCAGGGAAGGUCGCACGUGCAUCACCAUAGCCCACAGGCUGAGUACCAUCAGAAACGCAGAUCGCAUCGCAGUAUUAAAGAAAGGCGUGAUCCAGGAGUUGGGCACACACGAGCAGUUGAUGGCAAGUCGUGGGGCGCUGUAUCGUAUGAUGAAAGCCCAGAGCAAGAGAUCUUGUGAUGACAAGGUUUAG